AUGGCCUGUAUGAAGGUCCUGCUGGACCGCAUGUUGCGCACGGGGUACAACAUCGUCCAGGAGAGCAGACAGAGGAAGUUCGGACCGCCGCCCGACUGGCAGGGGCCCCCUCCCGCCCGUGGCUGCGAGGUGUUUCUGGGGAGGAUCCCGCGCGACCUCUACGAGGAUGAGCUGGUGCCCGUGCUGGAGACGGUGGGGAAGCUCUACCAGCUCCGCCUCAUGAUGGAGCACGGCGGAGAGACCCGCGGCUAUGCGUUCGCUACCUACGCGACGCUCGCCCAAGGCACGGAUGCCGUCAAGAAACUCAACAAAUUAGAGAUCCGUCCCGGACGCCGCAUUGGAGUCUGCAUCAGCGUGGACAAUCGCCGCCUCUUCAUUGGGGGGCUGCCAAAAGACAAGAAGCGAACGGAGGUGAUGAUGGCGAUGAGCGGUGCCACGGAGGGCAUGGUGGACGUCAAGAUGAGCGUCUGUCGCUGGGACAAAACCCUCAACCGAGGCUACGCGUUCAUCGAGUACGGGAGCCAUCACGCGGCCGCCAUGGCCCGGAAGAAGCUCCUUCGAAUCAACUUCCAGCUAUGGGGCCGGACCAUCAAGGUGGACUGGGCCAUCCCGGAGUGGCACACGGUGGCUGCGGCUGCGGCCGCGGCGCUGCCGGAGGUGGCCAUGCUGUCGUGGGCGGGGCGGCUGCGGAUGCUGUGCCGGACCACCGGCAUCAGCUACCCGAUCUUCGAGCUGCACGCUCACUCGGGGCCCGGGAUGCCCGCGGGCCUCCUCUAUAAGGUGUCGAUUCCCGGGAUGGGAGAAGGCGCCAGCAUCUUCCCCGCAUUUCUGAGCUCCAGCGAGGAGGGAGCACGGGAGGUGGCGUGUCAGCACGCCUACAACAUCCUCACCAAGGCGAAUCCUCUGAGAAUGUGCCCAGCCCCUGCCGCGACACCGCCUCCCAGCUGCCUCUUCCAGGGCCUCUCGACGUAA